AUGGCAACCGCUGCCCGCUCCCUCCACCGCGCGGGUCCGACGCCUCCUAAACCUCCCUCCUCCCACCGCCUCCCCGUCCCCUCCCACCUCCGCCCACAACGCAGCCGCCGCCUGGCCGCCUCGUCCUCCGACCUCACCUCCUUCCCCGAAUCAGCCUCCGCCACGAACGGCGUCCACGUGCCGUGGGCGGCGGCCUCCUCCGUGGCCGCGGCCGCGGCCGCGGCCGCCAUCGACGUGGAUGCCGCCACCGAGGCGGAGCUGCGGGAGAACGGGUUCCGGAGCACGCGCCGCACCAAGCUCGUCUGCACCGUGGGCCCCGCCACCUGCGGCGCCGCCGAGCUCGAGGCGCUCGCCGUCGGCGGCAUGAACGUCGCGCGGGUCAACAUGUGCCACGGCGACCGCGAGUGGCACCGCGGGGUCAUCCGCGCUGUCCGGAGGCUCAACGACGAGAAGGGCUUCGCGGUCGCCGUGAUGAUGGACACCGAGGGCAGCGAGAUCCACAUGGGCGACCUUGGCGGCGCGCCCUCCGCGAAGGCCGAGGAUGGAGAAGUUUGGACAUUUAGCGUUAGAUCUUCUGACACAUCGCUCACAGACCGAAUCAUUCAUGUGAACUAUGAUGGCUUUGCUGAAGAUGUCAAAGCUGGCGAUGAACUAUUUGUGGAUGGUGGAAUGGCCAGGUUUGAGGUGAUUGAAAAGUUAGGGCCAGAUGUGAAGUGCCGCUGCACUGAUCCUGGUUUAUUGCUGCCACAGGCUAAUCUUACUAUAUGGCGCGAUGGCAGUGUAGUGCGAGAGAGGAACGCUAUGCUUCCUACAAUUUCAUCUAAGGAUUGGAUUGACAUAGAUUUUGGAAUUGCUGAAGGUGUUGAUUUCAUCGCCGUAUCAUUUGUCAAGUCUGCUGAAGUAAUUAAUCAUUUGAAGAGUUACAUUUCUGCACGGAGCCGUGGAAGUGAUAUAGGGGUCAUUGCAAAGAUUGAGACAAUUGAUGCUCUGAAGAACCUGGAGGAGAUUAUCUGUGCAUCAGAUGGAAUAAUGGUAGCCAGAGGGGACUUGGGGGCACAAAUCCCCCUGGAACAGGUCCCUUCCAUACAGAAGAGAAUAGUUAGAAUGUGCAGACAGCUUAACAAGCCAGUCAUUGUUGCUUCUCAACUUCUGGAAUCAAUGAUCGAGUAUCCUACACCUACUAGGGCUGAGGUUGCUGAUGUUUCUGAGGCAGUCCGCCAGCGUGCAGAUGCUCUCAUGCUUUCUGGUGAGUCAGCCAUGGGGAGGUAUCCAGAGAAGGCUCUCAGCGUCCUUAGGAGUGUUAGCCUGAGGAUUGAAAGGUGGUGGAGAGAGGAGAAGCGCCAUGAGGCGCUGGAGCUUCAAAAUGUCUCGUCUUCAUUCUCUGAUAAGAUAUCAGAGCAAAUAUGCAAUUCAGCAGCCAAAAUGGCCAACAACUUAGGAGUUGAUGCUGUUUUCGUUUACACAAAGGAUGGCUACAUGGCCUCUCUGCUCUCACGAUGCCGCCCCGACUGCCCGAUCUUUGCGUUCACGUCCUCGAUGUCCGUCAGGAGACGGCUGAACCUCCAGUGGGGUCUCAUCCCAUUCCGGCUCAGCGAGUCCGAUGACAUGGAGAGCAACCUCAACCGCACCUUCUCCCUGCUGAAGGCCAGGGGUAUGGUGCAGUCCGGAGACCUGGUGAUCGCGCUCUCCGACAUGCUGCAGUCCAUCCAAGUGAUGAAUGUGCCCUAG